UUGUUAAGGUGGAAUCCUGCCUCUAAGCGAUCUCAGCGGGAAAUUAUUGAUGGAGAUGAGCUUGAUGAUGCUAGAUCAGCCAGUAUAGGUGAUGAGAAUGAAGAAGGAUUCGAAGAAGAGGAGGAGGAGGUGCAGCCAGAGACCGGGCCUCCGCUGCUUACGCCUAUAUCAGAAGACGCUGAGCUAUCACCUACCCUCUCAGCCUGGUCAACACGACUCACAUCCCGCCGAGUGCUUCAGUACGCCCUAGCCGUCGUUUCUUCGAACAUUUGGCCUGGUGCUUAUACAAUUGGAUCGGGCCGCUUCUUUGAAAAUAUUUAUAUUGGCUGGGCGCAAAAGUUCCUGGCGGACUCAUUCAGCCCAAUCCCUCUUCAGCCUGCAGAGUCUGAGUUCCCAUCGGGGCCUGAAGUCACAGAGGUAGAAGAUCCGACGCCCGAAGAAGAAGCAGCAUGGCGGGCCGCCCAAGCCGAGGCCGAGAGCAGAGCGAAUGGCAAAUCUGAGGAAGAAGACGAAGAUGGGGACGAGGAGGACGAAGAGGCUGAGGAGGGCGAAGAGGAUUAG